CAGUGUGCCGUAAAGCUCGCUAAAAUGGUGGGAUAUGUAAGUGCCGGGACAGUUGAGUAUCUUUACAGUCAGGAUGGUAGUUUUUACUUCCUGGAGCUAAACCCUCGCCUGCAAGUGGAACACCCCUGCACAGAAAUGGUGGCUGAUAUCAACCUCCCAGCUGCACAGCUUCAGAUUGCCAUGGGAAUUCCCCUCCACAGAAUAAAGGAUAUUCGAAUGUUGUAUGGCGUUCCAGCUUGGGGAGAUACACCAAUUGACUUUGAUAACUCUCUAAAUGCUCCUUGUCCAAGAGGACAUGUCAUUGCUGCUCGUAUCACUAGUGAAAACCCAGAUGAGGGUUUUAAGCCAAGCUCUGGGACUGUGCAAGAACUGAAUUUCCGCAGCAGCAAGAACGUGUGGGGCUACUUCAGUGUUGCUGCAGCAGGAGGUCUCCAUGAAUUUGCUGAUUCUCAGUUUGGACAUUGCUUUUCCUGGGGAGAAAACAGGGAAGAAGCUAUCUCUAAUAUGGUUGUUGCUCUUAAAGAAUUGUCUAUUCGUGGAGAUUUCGAACAACUGUGGAAUACUUGAUAAAGCUUCUGGAGACUGAAAGUUUCCAGCAAAACAGCAUAGACACUGGCUGGCUGGACAGGCUGAUAUCAGAAAAAGUGCAGGCUGAGCGCCCAGACACUAUGCUGGGAGUUGUAUGUGGAGCACUACACGUGGCCGACAUGAGUCUCAGGAACAGUGUCUCAAAUUUCUUACAUUCAUUGGAAAGGGGGCAAGUGUUACCAGCACACACGUUGUUAAAUACAGUAGAUGUAGAACUCAUCUAUGAGGGGGAGAAAUAUGUGCUUAAGGUUACACGUCAGUCUCCAAAUUCUUACGUAGUGAUAAUGAACCACUCGUAUGUAGAAGUGGAUGUGCACAGGUUGAGCGACGGAGGCCUGCUUUUGUCAUAUGAUGGCAGCAGCUACACUACAUAUAUUAAAGAAGAAAUUGAUAGGUACCGCAUCACUAUUGGAAAUAAAACCUGUGUUUUUGAGAAAGAAAAUGAUCCCUCAAUCCUGCGCUCCCCUUCAGCUGGCAAGCUUAUACAGUAUGUGGUGGAGGAUGGUGGCCAUGUGUUUGCUGGACAGUGCUACGCUGAGAUAGAGGUUAUGAAGAUGGUGAUGACCCUGACAGCC